AUGUUUGGUGAACGGUCAGCGCCCACUUUUUCCGUACUUGUAAAUGCCACCACAAGAGGCCUCACAUCAGACACCAGAAAUGUCAAUGUCAAUCAUGAGUCAAGGCGCACCAACCCACCCACAUCUGCACUUACCCAAGCCGAGUUGGCGGCACAGUGGGCCGCCCUCGAACAGGUUGCGAGCGUUUCGGUGGAGAUGGCCACUCAUCCGUUCAUUCCCCCGUCCUAUCCUGAUCUGGUCUCCGACAGUGGAGAGGUCAUGCACAGCCUGGAGGGGCCACACUGGAUCUGCGAAAUCGCGAUCGCAACUCUUGUCGCAACAGACAACAGGGCGCGCAUCUCGGACAUUGCCCCGGGAUGCAUGGGAUGCAUCCGUUCGAGCGAGCGUUGGGAGAUGGAGUAUGCGGGGAGCAGAGCCGAAGUGCCGCAUUUGGACGACAUUAUUCGUGAAGCCAUCCAACAAGUCAUGGCCAUGGUAGUUCGUGCUUGCGAUUUUCGCAAACCCCAACCGGGUCCCAACUCUGAUCCCGACCUGCUCAUUACGGAUACUUCUACCAACCCUGUCCACAUGGAUUUAUGGAUUUCGAUGAUCCUGAACCCCCUGAACACCCUUAUGUACAACGUGCACCCAGUGAGCGAAGUUACUUCAUCCCCAAACAUAGCAACGAAGGAAGUCGUGGGUGGUAUGGAGAUGAACGGCUUCACGCCCAGGACAUCUGGACGGCAAACGCACACCCACAACAUCAAUAUCGUCAUCCGUUAUUGUCCCGUCCUCAAAGGCCGGAUCAACCUCUUCGCUCCGGACGGCGUACACUCAUCUAAUGGAGUUUUCGGCAUCAAAACGAAACCCCGGCCUCCGAACUCAUUGCCGCGGCUCUUUUCCUUUGACCUCCUGGCCCAUCGGAUACAACUGACGGACGUUUGCGCCUGUUCCCCCUCUCCUGCUACCAAGCUUAUUCAUUUAGCGACCAUCUUUACGCUUUCCCACCUUUCUCUCCUCGACGUCACAAAGCAUUUCAUUAAUCCUCCCUUUGCGAUCCGCAGUCGCAAAACGUCAAAAAGCGGUGCGGUACUCUACAACUUUGGCUUGGAAGGGCCCCACAACGCAACCGGCUCUUUCCACCUUUCCCAGCAAUUCCACUAGGAGGACCACCCCCCC